UGACAGCUCACUAGAGUUGUACGGCUGCACCUGCAGCAUCGUUGUUCUCAAAAUCGUUUCUCACUACUUUAUCUGUCUCUCUAUGUUUCGCUCUCUUUCUCUCUCUUAGUGUUAGGGUUUUCUUCUUCGAUUCUGAGAUUAAGAAGCUAUGUCGACUUCAAAUAUAAUCGAGUUGAAGAGCUCUGAUGGCGAGACCUUCGAGGUUGAGGAGGCGCUGGCGAUUGAGUUGCAGACUAUCAAGUGUAUGAUCGAGGACGGCUUUGCCGAUACCAGCAUUCCUCUGCCAAACGUUACUGGUAAGAUCUUGGCCAUGGUCAUCGAGUACUGCAAGAGGCACGUCGAUAGCUCUACGUUCGACGACAAGAUUGCUGAGGAUGAACUCAAGAACUUUGAUACCGAGUUCGUCAAAGUUGAUCAUGGCACCCUCUUCGAUCUCAUUUUGGCAGCAAAUUAUCUGAAUGUCAAGAGCCUGCUAGAUUUGACUUGUCAGACAGUGGCAGACAAAAUUAAGGGGAAAACUCCGGAAGAGAUCUACAAGACGUUUAACAUCACGUCAGUCUUCACUCCUGAGGAAGAAGAGUUGGUUCGCAGGGAGUAUGCCUGGGCAUUUGAGUGAAAAUUAAGCGAAUAUGCAAAUAUUGUAUGAUAGGAUUUCUAUUUCAUAUGAGCUGCUUUGCACAUUUCAUUUAUGUUUGUAAAUAUAUCUUGUUACUCUGAAGACAAACCUUCACCUCCUCAUCAUGGUAUUUAACAAAUUUGAACCUUUUCUAUUA